AUGACUCGCCAUGAAGCAGAGGUAGAGGCGGAGCAGGAAGCCAUCGGUCGGGCCCCUCUUUACCCCGGCGAUGAUCCUCGACCGACAAGCAAGAAGGAGCUGGCUGGCUGGUAUUGUUAUGGCUGGGCUGCAGAGGUGUUUACCGUGUGUGCCAUGGCUUCCUUUCUUCCAAUUACCCUUGAGCAGAUGGCCCGGGAUCGUGGGUUCCUUCUAUCCGACAAAACGACCCCGUGUAGUCCAACGUGGAACCCUUCUCAUCAGGUGAACCAUCAAUCCGGGUACGAAGCUCAAAAAUCAAAUUCGAGCCAAUGCAUUAUCUUUUUCCUGGGCGCAGAGAUUAAUACUGCAAGCUUUGCGCUAUAUACAUUCUCCCUGAGUGUUUUAGUACAAGCUAUCCUUAUUAUCUCCAUGUCAGGUGCCGCAGAUCAUGGAAGCUAUCGCAAGAAACUUCUGGUAAUGUUUGCUUUCAUUGGAGCCGUCGCAACCAUGUUGUUCCUUAGCGUCGUGCCCCGGAUAUAUCUCCUGGGGGGGCUACUGGCGAUUGUGGCCAACACCUGCUUCGGUGCGUCCUUUGUUCUACUAAAUUCCUUCCUACCAGUUCUGGUCCGCCAUCAUCCUUUGAUCAUUGGGAAGAGCCGGGAUGCACUACUGGGAGAGAGUUUCCAAGAUGCCUCUACUCCAUUACUCCAACCCGUCGAGAAUGAGGAUGCCGGUAUGACAUCUAUGCAACUCAUCCUUUCAACCAAGAUAUCGUCCUUUGGAAUUGGAAUUGGUUAUAUUGGCGCUGUGGUAUUGCAGAUCAUAUCAAUUGCCAUCGUGGUGAUAACCCAUCAAACGACCUUUUCACUCCGCCUAGUCUUGUUCUGUAUUGGACUGUGGUGGUUCAUAUUCACUAUUCCCGCAACCUUAUGGUUGCGCACUCGACCUGGCCCGCCCUUGUUAAGCAAUGGGAAGCCUCUUUACACAUGGAGGGCGUACUUGGUAUAUUCCUGGACGUCUCUUGGGAAGACUAUUAUGCGGGCGAGACGGCUAAAGGAUCUUCUCCUCUUUCUCGCCGCUUGGUUUCUCCUUAGCGACGGCAUUGCCACUGUCAGUGGCACAGCGGUGUUGUUUGCCAAAACCGAACUCAAUAUGAAACCCGCAGCUCUGGGACUCAUCAACGUGAUUGUCAUGCUUGCCGGCGUAUUUGGCGCAUUCUCCUGGAGCUAUGUAUCGAGAGUAUUACGUCUUCGUGCGUCACACACCAUCAUCGCCUGUAUUAUUCUGUUUGAACUGAUCCCACUCUACGGAAUCCUUGGGUUCGUCCCGUCGGUUCAGCGCUUAGGUAUCGGCCUCCAACAACCAUGGGAGAUGUAUCCACUGGGAGCUAUUUAUGGCCUUGUCAUGGGUGGGCUCUCCUCCUAUUGCCGAAGUUUCUUUGCCGAAUUGAUCCCACCCGGGCAUGAAGCUGCUUUUUAUGCUCUCUAUGCUAUCACCGACAAGGGAUCUAGUAUUUUUGGCCCUACAAUUGUCGGUGUCAUCACUGAUCGGUAUGGUGCGAUUCGGCCCGCCUUUGUGUUUCUAGCCAUUUUGAUCUUUCUCCCCUUGCCACUCAUGCUGCUUGUGGAUGUCGAACGAGGAAAACGAGAUGCACUCGAACUCGGUGCCGACCUUGAUGGUUUGUCAGCCUCGGGAUAUGGCACUAUCUCGACAAGCGCAGAAGAAUAG